AAUUUUAAUUUAGUUUACAUUUACAACGUUCAAAAGUUAGCAGGAUUUCAAUUUUUUGUUUUCUAUUUAACAAGCCGAUCUUUGUUUAUAGUUGGUUUGGAUGAUUAUUACUAUGGGUGUUCAAGGUCUUUGGAAUAUACUGUCUGAGUUAGCGGAAAGAAAACCUUUGAAUUAUUUAUCGGGUAAACGAAUCGCUGUCGAUUUAAGCGGCUGGGUGGUUCAAGCAACUCAAUGCAAGGGUCUGGCAAAUUCAAGAAACCCUCAUUUAAGGAAUUUAUUCUUCCGCGUAUCCAGACUACUUCAGGAUGGUGCAUUUCCAAUUUUUGUGCUUGAAGGUGACAUGCCAGCUUUGAAGAAAAAUGCUUUUAAAGAACGAAAUCAUCAUAAUUCUGAUAAGAAUAAAAAUUCUGAUAAUAUUAGCCGUUCAACAUUUGAUCGUACCUUGUCACAGUGUAGAGAUUUAUUGCAAAUUCUGGGAGUGCCUUGCUUGAAGAGCUGUGGAGAAGCAGAAGCAUUUUGUGCCUUUCUUUGCUUGCAAGGGAUAGUGGAUGGAGUUAUCACUGAAGACAGUGAUGCCUUUUUGUAUGGUGCUGAUUCAGUUUUUCGAGAAUUCACAAUUGAUCCUACCGAUCCUCAUGUGAACCUGUACAGUCUCAGCUCAGCAAAGAACAAAUUGAUACUUAGCCGAAGAAAUUUAAUUGGUUUAGCUUUAUUGCUAGGAUGUGACUAUGUGAAGGGAGUACCAGGAAUUGGGAAAGACAGUGCUUUAAAACUGCUGCAUGAACUCCAAGAUUGUGACCUUCUUAAAAGAUUUGAAGAAUGGAAAGAAAAAUCAGAAUCUGAACUAUUUCCAGGAUAUAAUGCGAGUCUAAAGAAAUGUAGUCACUGCACUCGCUGUGAUCAUCUUGGUACCCAGAAAGAACACAAGAAAAAUGGAUGUAAGAUUUGUGACAGUAAAAUAACUUGUUAUUUAGCAAAUAAAAAUAAUCCAUGUGUGUGUGAUUGGCAUAAAAGUGAAGAAGUUUUGCUCAAAAGGAAAACUGAAAUCAAAAUCUACAAUGCCGUGAAAAAUAUUCCCGAUUUUCCUAGUACAGAGGUAAUUGAAGAAUAUUUAUGCUACGUCGACAAAAUACCCAGUGAAAGUGAUUUAGAUUGGAAAUGUCCUAAUUUAGAAGCCUUUCAGGAAAAAGCAUUUACUUUAUGGAAUUUUACACCAGAAAAUAGUUCAGAAAAAUGUUUACCAGUUAUUACUGCUUGGCAUCAGUUUCAACUUAUAAAUCUAGUUCCUGAUAAAGUGCCAAAAUUAUGGAUAGAACCGUCAAAAAUAAUUAAAGAAAGAACUGUGAAAGGAGAAGAUUGUAUUGAAGUUCAAUGGAAGAGAUUGUAUUCAGAUGAAACAACCCCUGACUUUGGAGAAACUUAUUCUACUGUUGAAUUUGUUGACAGAUUUUCCAAGGCUUAUCCUCAAGUUACUGAUGAGUUUUUCAAUUCCUUAAAACAAAAUAAAUUGAAAUCAUCUACUAAGCCAAGGUCAAAAGCUAAGAAUGAUUUACAAGCUGAUGACUCUUUGAAGGUAAUAUCUAUAUCUGAACCCAUAUCUGUAUUUCCUUCAAACACUAAUAAAGCCAUUGUUCCACAAGUAUUAAGCACAUAUGAAAAAUUAGACAAUUCUGAAUGUAGCUUUAGUGAGCUUCCAUUGCUAGAACGAAUAAAAAUUUUAACUAUAGAUGAAGAAAGAAGAGAUGUUGCUUCUUCAGAAAAGCAGAAUAACGAAAAUAUUUUAAAUAUGAGCAAAGAAUCUAAUUGUUUGUUUCCAUUUAAUCUUGAAACUGAUUCCUCUGCUGGGAUUCACUCCGCAGAACCUGAAAAACAUUUAUUAUCUGAUAGUAACUAUGGUUUUACAAAUCAAAAAACUGAUUUGUGUUUGAAUUUUGAUGAUUCUGAUAGUUUCAUUGAAACACUGAAUCCAAAAAGUGAAGAAAUGGACAUUACUUCCAAACGUUCUAGUAUUCUAGUAAAUACUUCUAGUUCCUCUUUACCUUCAAUUCCUAAUAUGAGCCAGAUUUAUAAGCAAGAGAUAGGAAAAGAAACUCUUGAAAAUUCUGUUUCGUUUCUUACACAUUUAAUAACUCAAGGCAAUAAUUCUCUUUGUCUGGAGUUUACAGAUUCAGAACAAAGUUUUUCUAUGAUCCUAAAAGAAGAUACUAGUCAUGAACAAUCACAUAAUAUAUCAAAAAAGAGUAUUUGUAAAAAGGAAAUUUUGACGCCAUUUUCAAAUAAAAUAGUCAAGUCAGAUAAAGAAAAUAUUUUUCCUGGCAAUUUUAGUCCAGUUUCUAACUUUGAGAAGUCUAUCAAUGUAAUAAAUAACAUGAGUCCAAAACCUCUCUAUUCAGUUAAACAAUCCCCUUUUUAUAAAAGAUACGAAAAGGCAAAAUUUUCUAAUUGUAAAUCUAUUGUGAAUAGUACUCCUUAUGACAAGUUUCUUUGUUUAAAAAGUGCUUUAACACCAAAACUUUUGGAGACAUCUAAUAUAAUACAAAGCAAUGAUCAGCUUUUUGAACCACUGAUUUUUGAUAGUAGUUUAGAGGAAUCUAUUUACUAACAAUUGAUAGUAUAGCAUAUGAAACAAAUAGAUCUGUUAUUAUCUAUUAAGCUGCUUUAGGAGUAUUUUAACUUUAUUUAGAGCUUGUAUAUUUACUCUGCAACUGUCGCAUUAUUUAGGAUAAUUUUUACAAAAUUUCUCUACCCUGGACUUAACUGUUUGUAUAUUAUAGUAGAUAUUUAUGUAUAUAUUUAUAAAAAAUAUUUUCAUACACAUUAAAUAUAUGUUCCUGUAUGUAUUAUAGAGUUAUUAUGUAUAUAUAUUCAUUUUAGAUAUGAGGUUCUUUUAUUUGCUUGUAAUGUUCUGUAUAUCAGAGAUUUUUUUGCUUUUUACCCUUUUCUGUAUGAAAAUUUUCCUGCCCCUGGUGCUUUAAAUUAGGAUUUUUUUAAUAUGAUUUAUUAAGAGAUCAGUUGCUAUUUAAUUUUGUAAAAUUAUAACUUUUGUCUAUUAAACUGAGGUUUCUUAAGGGAGCUUUGUUAUGCUAGUAUUUCAUAUUUAUAUUAACAGUUUUAUUUAUAUGUUGUACUCCUUAAAAAUAAUUCUUAGGUAAUUAAAUAAUUGUUGCUUUCAAGCAAGAAAAUUGUAAAGUUUUAUUUAAUUAUAAAAGAUAAGAUAGAUCAAAGAUGAUUAUAAAAUUUUUCACGUUAUAUUUUCUAAUCUGUGUAUCUGUUAGAAAUAUGAUAUAGGUAUCACUCCUCUUGUUGAAAAAAAAACUUUGUGUUAUUAUUAUUGUAUUAGAUAUACUUAUCACCCUAUAAAUUAAAUAAAAAUAUCAUAUUACUCAAUAAAUUGCUAUGUACAGAAUAGUCUCAUUAAAUGUCUUUCAAAUGCAUUAUUUUAAUAUUUUUUUCUUUUUCUUCUGUUAUGCAAUAGCAGACCUUUAUUAUGUUAUUUCUGAUUAUAAAUAUUUAUGUUCUGAUUUUUAAAUUUCAAUUAGAUCCAGUAUAUAUUUGAACAUAAAUUCUUUAAAAAGUUUGAUUAUUAGAAAUAAAUUAUGUUAACUCAUUCAUUGGCUUUUGAAGAAACUGAUUUGAAGGUAUUAUCUAGCUAUUUAUUUUUUUCUUUCUUUGUUUUUAACUUUCCAUUUUAUUAUUUUGACUAUUUUCAUGGUGUUAUUUAUGUUUGAUGAUAAAUUUUGUUGAUAUUAUUCAUUAAUUUAGAAAAAUUUACUUUUUAAUUUCUACUUUACUCUCUCACGGUAAGUCCUUUACUACAAUUGGCAAAUAAGGAAUUCAAAACGGACCCUACUUGUUUUUAUCAAAAUGUAGCGAACACUGAAAUUUUUGUAAAUUAAUAUUUUACUGAAAAAAACUUUUUUUUAUCUUUAAUUUAUUACCUAAAAUAAAUAUAAAUAUUUACAUUACUGAAAUAAUGCAAAUUUAUACUGAAUUAAACAUAAUGAAACACAUAUAUUUUAUGACAAGAGAUAAGAAUAAGGUAUGAAAAUAUUUCAUACCUUAAUGAAUAUUUCAACAUAAAUUGAAAUUAACUUAAGAAUCAAUUCUUGUACUUCUCUUCACGAAUAGCUACUCUAUGUUCUUUACAAGCAUAGUUUUUAUAAAUUAUGCAAUACCUUUUUGUUUUUCUAUAUUUUUUCUCAUUGUUUCACAAAGGGUGGAUCUUCUCUUACAUCCGCAUUCAUAGAUCACUGAAGUCAACCAUGACUGACAGUGGUUGGUGAGUGGGUGGGUGAUAACUUAAAUCAGUCUGUGAAAGGGCCAAGUGUGCCGAGUUUCCAAGUCCUCAUUUAACUGUUUUAUUGUAACGUGCUAAACUACUUGCAUUGGCCGUUGAGCAAUUAAAGAAGGGGAGUCAUCCCUUUUGCAGAGGAUUAGAAUUGCUAUGUUAUGUCUCAAGAAUGCUCCCCAGACCACUUCCAAUAGGCUAUUAUGCACCUGUAGUGUGGCGUAAAUAAAUUACUAUUUCUUCCACAUUUAAAGCUCAUUGCAUCGAUUGCCAAACCUGCAAAGUAUUUGUACCCAUCUGAAUUUAAAAUUUGUUUCAUUUGUACCUUGUUUCAUUACUAUACUAACGUUAUGAGUAGUUGCAAGGAAUUUCUACAAACUAUUUUUUUAUCACACUACUCACUUCACUAUGUUUUUUUUUUUUAAAAAAAAGUAAUGCACUGCACUAUAAACUAUGAAAAAAAGCAGCGACUACACUAUUUUCGCUACUUGUAUCAUAGUAUAUCCGAUAACUGUUUAAGAGUUGUAAGUAUUUGGCUGUUUUGUGCCUGUGGCAACUGAAAAAUUUAAUUCAUACUUUCAUGGCUUAGUUUAUAUGUGGACUCAAAAUACGCAUUUGAACCGAAAACUGUUGAGUUGUCACAUGUUAAAAAUCGUGGAAAAGAAAUCUUGGAAUUUUCAAACUU